AUGGAGUACUACGCGGAAGAAGAAAGGGCUCCUAGAUGUAGCCUGCUGGACGUACCCCUCAUCGCUGCAGGGGCCGUGUCAGACUCCUUAUGCUGCAAGGGACCGAAGAGAGACUUCGCAACGGAAGUGGAAUUUCGCCUGGCCAAUGCUGCGAAGAUGUACCCAGCAGGCUACACCGAUGUGCCUAGUUAUGCAUAUAGAUCGCGAUACCAGUAUAGUGGAAAUCCACCGAGCUAUUGGCAGUACAAGCCUCCCACGAUGGUGAACUAUCCGUCUGAGGUGCCACAAGUGUGCACUUCACCCGUGGGCUAUUACCCGUAUCCCGUGCAGCGGACCACCCAGCCACAGAGGUGGACGUAUUAUCCCGAACCUGAAAGCUACUCUCUUUCGAGACCAGUGGUGCCGCAGGCUGAAGUGGCCUACCCCGGACCACUCAGCAGUAGCUGGACAGGGGCACUUGGUGGGGUUUCCCAGUCUCCUUUGCAGUCAUCUGCAAUACCUGCUCAGUUGGGACUAACGGUGGAGACGCCACAGCCUGACGUUGCUCCCAGUAAUGAGGUUUUCACCCCUAGAGGGUGGCAAACGGUAGAAGUGGUGGAAGUGUUGUUGGCGGAGCAAGCGAAGAAAACCGGGCCAAGUCAGGAAAAGAAGGAGCAGGCGUCUCCAGGGCAACUGUUCGAGUCAAGAGCGAGUCAAACGGAACCUAAGAACGACGUAUCCAGGGCAGUGAAGGAAGGCAAAACUGCACAGCGGGCUCCCGCUGCCAAGCGGAAACCAGCAGCGGCCAAGAAGGGACAGCGAGGUCAAGCACACCUCCAGCAGCCAGAAGGGGACGAAGCUAUUCGAGAUGACACAGCUCCUGAACCUACCAAAGCAGCCACCCAAGACAACAAAUCAGCAUCAACGCCGCUUGUUGAGGCUGAACAGUCAGGAGGUAGAGCAGAGCCUGAAGGACAUGCCAAGGAACCGGUGAACGCAACUAAGCAAGAGGAGCAACGCGAAGAUGCAGUUGAAGGAACAGAAAAAGCAGUGGGGAAGCAGCAACCUUCGAAGGGACUAGAUGAACAGGCUGCGGUAGGUGCAUCAGCCAAGAACGAGCAGGCAGCUGUUGGGGAGAAAGACGGGAAGGUAUCCGCCGAUGAGCCGUCAGUAGGCGGCGAGAAAAAAGACAAGCUGCCCAACAGUGGCACGCAAGUUCCAUUUCAGAUGGAAAAUGCACCUGGAGACAAGCCAAGUGGUUUUGCGUUCAUUUCCGUAGAAGUGUCUGCACCGUCGGUCGGCAGCAGCAUGGGACAUGCGCUUCCUCAACCGCAGCGAUCGCCAGGACAUUUCUGUGCUUCCCCUGCUGAGAUGAUAGCCGGGCCAUCCGGCGUUACGAGCGGCUGGCCAGUUGGCUACGUGCCUCCGCCGGAUGACAAAUACAAGGAGUUGGUGGUGGGCAACCAAGUGUACCUGGAGGGAGGGACCUUCUACCUAAGCGAGACUGGAGCUUAUCUCCUGGGGCUGAGAGACUGA